GGCGCGCAACUAGGUCCUGCCCCCACUUCCGGGAUCAAAUAGGUUGCUGAGGCGAUUAAUAGAUUCGGUUCCGGACGGUCUCGGAGGCGAGAAGGGCGCAGAGUUUGAGGGGGUGUCGCUCGGAGAAGGGAGACGGAGGCCUGGUCUGGAGGCCAGGAGGGACAGAGGACGGAGGAGCCCGGCGGGAAAGGAAGGAAGCGCCUCACGACAGCAGGAGGUGGAGCACGGGUCCCGCGGGAAGCCCUGCCCGAUUCCGUGGCUACUUCCCCGGAAAUGGUGGGAAAAGGCUGGGAGGCUCCGGGGCUGCAGGAGCGAUGAAUCGAGAGGGAAUCCCGGAAAGUGGGCUGCCUGGAGGGCGAUGCGGGCAGGAGGAAAAAGGCGGAGGGUCCUUCGGAAGAUCCGGGAGGCAUCAAAAGAUCCGGGAGGGAGGAAAGGAAUAUCAGUGUCCGGAAUGUGAAAAAUCCUUCAAAAGAAACGACCAUCUGGAAAGCCAUCUAAGAAUCCACUCAGGAGAGAAACCUCACCAGUGCCUGGAGUGUGGAAAGAGCUUCAGUCAUUUGGGAAACCUUUAUAGGCAUCAAAGGAUCCAUUCGGGAGACAAACCAUUUGAAUGCCUGGAGUGUGGAAAGAGAUUCAAUCUGAGGGAAAGCCUUUAUAGACAUGAAAGGAUCCACACUGGAGAAAAACCAUACAAAUGCCUGGAAUGUGGAAAGAGCUUCAGUGUGGUGGGAAACCUUCAUACACAUAAAAGAUUCCAUUCAGGAGAAAAGCCAUAUAAAUGCCUGGUGUGUGGAAAGAGCUUCACUCUGAGUGGACAUUUUCAUACACAUCAAAAAAUCCAUGCAGGAAUAAAACCAUAUAAAUGUCUGGAGUGUGGAAAGAACUUUACUGAGGGAGGACAGCUCCAUAACCAUCAAAGGAUCCAUACUGGAGAAAAACCAUACAAAUGCCUGGAGUGCGGAAAGAGUUUCAGUGAGAGCGGAAGUCUUUCUAAGCAUCAAAGGAUCCACAGAAGAGAAAAACCACAUAAAUGCCUGGAGUGUGGAAAAAGCUUUACUGUGAGUGGACAGCUCCAUAAUCAUCAAAGGAUCCACACUGGAGAAAAACCAUAUAAAUGUCUUGAGUGCGGAAAGAGCUUUACUGAAGGUGGACACCUGCGUCGACAUCAAAGGAUUCACACUGGAGAAAAACUACAUAAGUGCCUGGUGUGUGGAAAGAGCUUCGGUCAGAAAGGACAGGUUUAUAGACAUCAAAAAAUUCACGCAGAAGAAAAAUCCUAUAAAUGCCUGAAGUGUGGAGAAUCCUUCACAACAAGCAGAAAACUCAGUGAUCAUCAAAGAAUUCACAUGGGGGGAAAUCCCUAAAAUUCAUGGAGAGGAGAAAAGUUUCAGUCAAAAUUUGUUUCACUCAAAAUUCUAAAUUUUACACUCAGAAGAAAAGGCACAGAAUGUGCUAAAUCCUUCAGAAUAAAUGGCAAUUCCAAAACCACCUAAAAUCCAUAUGGGGGAGAAACAAUGAUUGUGGCUACAAAUGUAGCCAGUAAAUUCUGCAGCCAUGGUUGAUAUGAAUAAGGGUUUCUCUAGCACUAAGAACCUGCUUAAAUACUUGUCACAGACCUAAAUACCAUCCAAUAAAGCACAGGUGUGGAUAUUGCCCAUUCAGCCUGUGGAUGCAUACCAUAUCGCAGUCAGUGUUGGUCGGAGGACAGAGGUCGACUCCUAGGCCCCUCAAUUAUGGGGUGCUGCAGGGGUCGGUC